UUCAAGAGCUCUAUUGCGACUAAGGUAAAAUAUACAAAUGUGGCAGGCGUAGCUGCCGACACACACAUAUAUAUACGCAAUACAAUUUGGUGUAGUAUGGCAUGAUGUAGGGUAUAGAAUUACGUAGCUUAACAAAAUAUAAUAUGUCCCUACAAAUAUCAUUUUAAAUUUAACUAAACGUAUUCGAGAAAAUAUUUAUAUUGCUUUAUACAACAUUUUUAGUCUUCUUAGCAAACUCAUAGGUCUGAUUCUGAUACGAAUCUCUAAACUUAAACAAAUUUGACAAGAGACUAUAAUUUUCGGACUUUAUGGACAUUGUUAACGGCAGCGACUAACUUCUAUAGCAAAACUAAACACUAAUAAACUUGCGCACUGCGCAUGUUCUUGUAUGUAAAAUUGCUAUUGUGCAGGCUCCCUUGUCUAUCAGUCAGUUGUCAAGAAGUUGCCGGAUGUAUACUAUUGUUAAAUUUAGAUUAACAUUAACUAAUCAGGAUAGUUUCGUAGGUUUAAAUAAUGACAUAGAUUCUAAAUCGAUCGACAAUAGUUCAAAGCUUGCACAUCACUAAAGUAUCAGCUGGUCGCUGUCAAAAAACCGUGCUACCAAUGUGACGUAAUGACACUGACAGAUGUUUCAGGUUGGUCGUGAGCCAGCUACACAUAACAAUCGCAGUAUCGACAAACGUUCACAAAACGUUUAGACGUAAAAACUUGUGUCACUUCUCUUCUUAUUUUAGUAAUUUAGACUAUACAAAUUUUCUAUUUUCCCUUCGUUCUAGUUAUUAAGUGUUAAGUGUACCUGUUAAAGUUUCAAUAAUGCACAGUGCCGCAAUCAUAUACGCAUUCUGAAUCAAUUACGUAAUGGGAAUUAUGCUACAGAAGUUUAAAGUUUUGCCCUGAAAUUCAACAUGGCCGCUGACACAGGAAUGGAUACUUGCCCUAGUCCGGAAAUUACGGACUCCAGAAAACGACCCCUGGACGGAGACUCGGAGAAUGGCGACGUCAAGAGGUCACACUUCAGCUCGGUGCAAGACUUGGUGACGGCCUUGCCACUGGCCAACGGCCAUGGCAAUAUAACGUCUCAUUUCGUUGAGCCGACAUACCACUUCAAGGUGCUGGUGCCGUCGAUGGUGGCCGGCGCCAUCAUCGGUAAGGGGGGCGAGACCAUCGCGCAACUGCAGAAGGACACCGGCGCCAGGGUCAAAAUGUCCAAAUCACAUGACUUCUACCCUGGUACGACGGAGAGAGCGUGCCUCAUCACUGGCUCCGUGGACGGCAUCAUGGUGGUGCUGGACUUCAUCAUGGACAAGAUCAAGGAGAAACCCGAGCUGGUGAAGCCCUUCCCGGAGGGUGUAGAUGCGAAAAUGCCGCAAGAUAGGGACAAACAGGUUAAAAUUUUGGUGCCGAACUCUACGGCGGGCAUGAUCAUCGGCAAGGGGGGCAACUACAUCAAGCAAAUCAAGGAGCAGAGCGGCAGCUACGUGCAGAUCUCGCAGAAGGCGAAGGAAUUAUCCCUGCAGGAGAGGUGCAUCACGGUAGUAGGCGAGAAGGAGGGCAACAAGAAGGCGUGCCUGAUGAUCCUGCAGAAGGUGGUGGACGAUCCUCAAUCAGGGUCCUGCCCCAACGUGUCGUACGCGGACGUGGCGGGCCCGGUGGCCAACUACAACCCCACCGGGUCUCCGUACGCGGUCUCCACGGAGGUGACGGAGUCGCACGCAGUAGGCGGAGUAGGCGUGGGCGUGGGCAGUGUGGGCAGCGUGCUGGUGAACGGCGCGGCCGCGGCGGCGGGGCUGGGGGCGCUCGCGCUGUCCCUGUCCCUCGCGCCCCCCGGCACCGCGCCCCCCGCCCCCCUCACGCCCCACACGCUGGACCACAUCAAGGUGGCCCUCCGGCAAGCGGGGUAUUCCGAAGCAGGCGUAGGCGAGAUUUCCGCCGCCCUCUCUUUACUGGUGAAGCACGGCGUGCUGGGACUAGCAUUACCGACGGCCCUCCCCGCGCCGCUGUCCGCCGCAUACUUCCCGAUGCCCCAUGCGCACGCGCACGCGCAGGACCCACCCGCGGUCUUCGGACCCAUAGGCCAAGUCGGACUGGGCGGCGCGCGCGGCGGCUCGCUAGAGAGAUUCGCGGAGGUUGCAUUCGAGGCGCUUCGCCCCCCAGCCGUGGCGCCCAUCUCGCUGUCGGGCGGCGUGGGAGGAGUGGGCGGAGUGUUCCCGGCCUCCGCCUCGCUGCUGCCGCUCAGCAAGAGUCCCACGCCUGCCGACGCCGGCGCCAAGGACUCCAAGAACGUGGAGAUCGCCGAGGUCAUCGUGGGAGCUAUACUGGGUCCCGGCGGCCGCAGCCUCGUUGAGAUCCAGCAGAUGUCGGGCGCCAACAUCCAGAUCUCCAAGAAGGGUACCUUCGCGCCCGGCACCCGCAACCGCAUCGUCACCAUCAGCGGCUCCAACACCGCCAUCAGCAACGCGCACUACCUCAUCGAGCAGAAGAUCCAGGAGGAGGAGCUCAAGCGCACCAGGCACAACGCCAUCUCUGGCCUCAUGCAGUAAACUAACACGUUAUGUCACAUUCGAUACCAUCCUUGUCAUUCGAAUACUCGUCGGGUCCCAGCUCGCAGUGUUGCGUUCGGAAUUCGACCGUUUUGCGAAGAUUGAUAAGGUUUAUUACGAUAUAUUGUUUUAAACUUUCAUGGUCACUAACAUUAUAGAUAAUAACGGGAUUGUUACCAUGUACCUUGUGUACCAGUUACUCCGUGAUCAUGGCGCUUUCAACAGUGCCGAAAUAUCG